UCGCAGCUCAGUGGAGAUCAGUGGCAGACAGCUGCUGAAAGUGAGGUUCGGGCAGUUAAUAUAUCUGGAACUGAUGUCGUGCUGGAUGUGGUGUUUGACAGACGGCUGUGAUCACAGGAUGCCCAGAAACAUGAGGAGCUCCAUAUCGACUCUGUCGAGCAGGGUGUUGCUUCUGAUAUUGGUGGAGCAUGUGUCAGGACAAGAGUCUGGUGUGGAGUCCCGUGCCCAUUCAGCGACUCAUUCUAUGUCACCAGUUGCAGCCCUGGCCAUGUGCUUGUCAGCGAUCCUUUUCCUGUUGAUGCUCUGUGUCCUUUUCACACCCAAGGUGAUCGCACAACGCUGCAGGUGCCGAAGAAAGGCAGAGGAUUGCACAUCUCAGACAAUAUCCCCUCCAACCUAUGAGGAAGCAGUUUUUGGGGGCCAAGUAAAACCCUGCCCCCCCUCAGAGAUCGCCUCAGUGUUUCCAGCUGAAUCAUACGUACUGCAGUGUGGCCCUCAGUCUGUGCACAGCCUGACAUUGCAGGGGACUCCUUUUUACCAAAGCCACUUUGGUCCUUCAUAUCAAAUGGACACAAUAUUGCGUGGCACAGUUCUGAUUGGUGAGGUUCAGUGUAAGGACCGAGAGGAACCUCCAACUUACCUAGACAUCAUACCACAUGGAGCGGCAGAGACUCUGCCCCUCCCUCCCCGGAGCUCCAAUGUUGCUCAGGCCCCAUUUCCUGCAGCGAGCCCCAGAUCUGCUGUCCCGUUAAACUGAAGAAUGAAUCAAUAUAAACUCACUCUCUGUUUGGACACAAAAUUGGAAUCAACAAUGUUAAUAAUCGCGCUGAGAUGAGGAAUUUACAGGAUGUGCCAGAAGCAGGUUUUAAACAUUCAUUCAUGGGAUAUGGGCAUCGCUGGCAAGGCCAACAGUUGUUGUUCAUGCCCUAUUGAACUGUUGCAUUUCAUCUGAUGUAGGUACAUGCACAGUACUUCCAGAAUUUUACUCACCAACGAUGAACGAACUGCGAUAUAUUUCCAAGUCAGGGUGAUGUGUGGCUUGGAGGGGAUCUUGCAGGUGGUAGUGUUCCCAUGCUUCUGCUACCCUUGUCCUUCUAGAUGGUAGAGAUCGUGGGUUUGGAAGGUGCUGUUAAAGAAGCUAUGAACAGCGAAGAACUGACAGCAGCUCAGGGAGGGAUUUGCAUUGGCACUUCCAACUGAACUGUUAAUUAAACAGGCCACAAUGUAAUUUUAAUUGCAGUAAAAUUGUUUGAUGA